UGUACGAUUAUGAUACAGCGACUAGUGACGAUCAUAUCGGUGAGGUGCAGAUUCCCAUUGAGAUGCUGCGCGAUGGAAAGCUACACGAUGUCUGGUUUGACUUGCACCCCGAACCUGGAAAGAGGGACUCGAACAUGCGUGACGAGGGGUAUGUAUAG